AAGUUCACCGUCCAAUGGCGUCCUGCAGUAUAAGUUUAGGAGAUCUAGCAAAAUGCCUACAGAAAUUGUGGCACCUACUCUUCGAUGUUUUGUCCAAGAUCCAAGCGCUUGCUCCCAGUUUUCACGAGGGUGAUCAACCAUCAAUGGCAGAGACCGUGACGGCAAAUCCUUUACCAGAGCUGCCUCAGGACAUGUUAGUGGAGAUAUUUUCCCUCCUGGAGAUCCCUGACCUCGUGCGCGCAGGAUCAGUCUGCAACUCCUGGCGCUCCGCCUACAAUGAGACGCGCAGCCUUGGGAUCUACAAGCUGUCCCAGACGCCGUGCCUUCUCUACACCUCCGAAUCCGCCGGGGACAGCGCCGUGUGCCUCUACAGCCUCGUCGAGAAGAGGCAGUACAUGUUCACUCUCCCAGACCCCCCUGUUCGCAGCAGGUUCCUGAUCGGGUCCUCCCUUGGCUGGUUGGUCACAGUGGAUGCCUCGUCUGAGAUGCACCUAGUCAAUCCGAUCACGGGGCAGCAAAUCGCCCUGCCUUCUGUCGCCACGAUCGAGCAUAUCGAGCCCAUCUUCAAUGAGUCCGGUGCCAUCCACAAGUAUGAGCUCUCAUGGUAUAGCGGAUCAAGGGUUAUUCGUACCGAGCCAUCAGUUUUCACCCUUGGCGAGCUACGGGACUAUAUGUACUACAAGGCCUUCGUGUUUUUUGAUACAUCCGCAAAAAGUUACCUCGUGGUGCUGAUCCACUGCCCAUUGUCCCAGCUUUCGUUCGCGAGGGUUGGGGACGAUGAGUGGACCUGGAUUCCACCACGCACUUUCUACGAUGACUGCAUCUACGUGGAUGGCCAUUUGUAUGCAUCCACAGAGGGGGAGGUACACGUGUUCGAUCUCAGUGGCCCCGUGGUCACCAUGAAGACGAUCAUUGGAAAGGUACCACUCGAUUCUGUUUAUAACAAGAUGUACAUUGUACAAGCCCCAUGGGGUGGUCUUCUGAACGUCUGGAGGACAUACGAGGACAAUGACGAUCUGGAUGACCCGGAUGCGCGGAAUACUGGGGAAAUUAAGAUAUUUAGUAUUGAUGCCACGGAGAAAAAGCGCGUGGAGAUAAAAAACCUGGAUGGCCACGCGUUAUUUCUAGGCCUUAACCAAUCACUCUGUCUCAGCACCAAGGAAUACCGAAGUCUUAAGGAGAAUUAUACAUAUUUUGCUGAUGACAAUGAUCUCUGGCUAUUUGGAUUUAGGGAGAACCGUCGUGAUAUUGGAUUGUUUGAUUUGAAAACUAAUAGCAGAGAGGAACUUGUGGCUCCUCAGCUUUGGUCCAACUUUCCGGCCCCCGUAUGGAUUACACCUAGUUUUGCAAAGAUUCUUCCUGUGUAAGAAGUAGCUUUUUAAAUUUUCUUUGUUUAACCAAUUUAUGUGUAAAUUUACGAGCGGAAAACUGAAGGGUGAAUGAGAAAGUUAAGU